CUAAAAACCUCUCCUCAAAUAGAAUCUCGCGAAGAACUUCACAGUCUGCACGGCCACAAUCUCUGUUUUGGCCUUUACCCUUUUAUCAGCACCAUCACUGACUCUCCACAGUUGCUCCCAUGGCGAAUUUACUCAUACAUUCAAGAUCCUGCAUUUAAAUAGCUUCUCACAGAAAUCUUACUCAACAAAUUUGUCAGUUCGAUUUACAACACAAAAAUGGAAAUCUGUCGAUCGUUGUCUCUAAUUGAUGUUACCAAGUGCUGCCUCAAUUCAAUUAGCCAAGUCAUACAAUCCAAAGGAUUCAGGAAGACUCCAAAGCUACCAUAAAGGUCGCUUUUGCGAUUACUAUGAGUUGAUGGAUACCAGUUGGCUGGCACGUGGAAUGGAAAGCAGGAUUCUUUUCAUCAAAGCUAGAGAUUGCGCACCACAACAAAGACAACAUUGGAAAGUUUCUAUGCGAUGUCCUUGCCACACAAAAGGAGCUGAAGGUCAUAGAGUAGAUGGAACAGAAGAGAUGCUGCCCAGGUUUGGUUGAGAACAGCAGGUGGUUGUUGAAGAUGCUAAAAUCUCUCUCAGAGGAGCCCAGAUCAAUCAAAGAGCUAAAGUUAAGAGCCUUUUUCUCUUUUUGUUUAUCUUUUAACAAUUUAUUUGAUUCCUAUGAUAUUUUUGUUGGCCGUGGUUUAUUUAUUUCUCUUGGUAAGUAGUGAUCACUCACAAUAACAUGGCCACUAAGAUUGUAUCCAAUGUUGGACCUUCUUAAGUUAGGUAACCAGAAGUCAAAUAGUUUCAAGUCAAUGUAUAAUAUCUUUAACCAAAAAAAUUAAAGCUCAAUUCACUUCAGUGCAGGAUAGCUGAAUGUGUUUAUAAGAACACAAUAAUGAUUAAAGCUGAUGGGCCUAGAUGGCAAUUCAUCACAGCUGCCAUCAAGACCUCAUUAAGGUGAGCAUUAGCAAUUUAAUGUAAUUCUUUAAACUAUGUGGUACAAAAUUAUGGUGACAAGUUAUUGAUGCUGACCCAUAAUAAUCUGAAGUCAUAUACAGAGAAUGCCUUCAAUUUGGAGAGUGUUAAUUGCUUCUGAAAAUCAGCAAGAACUAGCCAAUCUUCUGUUAGGUUAACAUAAAAAGGUUAUAAUCUUAAAUGCAUAUUGAUAAUAGUGGCCAUAUAAUAAGAUUUCACUCUAUGGUGCAUUUAGAUUAUGUUGGAGGAUUGGUUCUUGAUUUUUGGCUUUGUCUUUAGGGUUCUUACUGAAUUUCUUUAUGGUCUAUUAUUUGUAACUUUGCCCAACUCAUUACGUACAACUUGUAGUUCGAACUAGAAAUUUAUUAUUAAGCUUUCAUUGUUGACUGCAUCGAAUUAUUUAAAUUU